GUCGUUACGUUUCCCACUAGGAGCCCUCGCCCGCCUGAGCUGUUUCUGCAGAGUCAUAAAUCCCACCCACCCCCAGUGUGUGCACCGAUCAGUCAAUGAGUCAACCAGCGUGAACAAACAGGAGACGCAUCCAGCCUCCAGCAGAGGGCUCCAGAGAUCCAGCAAGAUGAAGGAGGGCACGGCGAACUGUGUGGACAUCCUCAUCGCCAUCAUCCUGCCCCCACUCGGCGUCUUCCUCAAGUUCGGCUGCAAGGUCGAGUUCUGGCUCUGCCUCUUGCUCACCUUCCUCGCCUAUCUUCCGGGGAUCAUCUACGCGAUCUACGCCAUCACCAAGGACUAGCUAGCGCGGUUCCAGUUGGGUGAGAGCUGCAGGCUCCUCCUCUUCUCAGCUGUGAAGCUACUACUACUAGUCUACUACCGAUUGGUGAACCUGAACCUGUCGCUUCGUUCGUGUCCUUCGAUCGCUCUCUGGUUACAUUGGUCGUGGAUCUUGUUAUUACCGAUUUAUUUAUCAUACAGUAAGGGGUGUAUGGGAACAAAGUUUUUCUACAGUAUUGAAGCAAUACUGUAAUAUU